AUGACGACUCCUUCUCUGAAUAAGCGGCAGAAGCGCGAAGAAUACCGCCGCAAGCUCGGCGAGCAGACAGCUAUCGAUGGCGAAGUCAAGAUGCCGCAGAAGAAAUUCUUCCGGCAGCGCGCGCAUGCGAAUGUCUUUUCGGAUCAUAAUCUUGAAUAUCCCCGUACCCCCAACCACAUGGAUUGGUCACCCCACUAUCCAGCAUUCAUAGAUCAAGACCCUACACACACGAACCUCGGCGGCGCCCGCAAGCUCAUCAAGGACGUUGAAGUCAUCGACAUCGGUUGCGGUUUCGGCGGUCUCCUCGUCGGCCUCGCCCCCCUCCUCCCAGAAACAUUAAUACUGGGCCUUGAAAUCCGAACCUCAGUCUCAGACUACGUACGCUCACGCGUCCGCGCCCUCCGUCUCCGUCAAGAGCAAUUGAAGGGAACAACCCAAGCGCCUACAACACAGCAAUCAGAAGAAGCGCCAACAGAGACACUCCCCGAUGCGCCCGCCCCCGAAGACGAAGUCGGCACGACCGACGCACUCGUGCCCGGGAACUACGAGAACAUCUCCGGAAUUCGCGCGAACACGAUGAAGUUCCUGCCGAACUUCUUCAAGCGCGGACAGCUUUCUAAGAUCUUUAUCUGUUUCCCUGAUCCGCACUUCAAGGCGCGGAAGCACAAGGCGCGUAUUAUUUCGGAGAGUUUGAAUGCGGAGUAUGCGUAUCUCUUGCGGCCUGGAGGGUUAUUGUAUUCUAUCACCGAUGUUGAGGAGUAUCAUCAUUGGAUUCUGAGGCAUUUUAUCGUGCAGGAGGGUGAGGAUGUUUCGGCUGGUUCUGUUAAACAUUUGUUUGAGCGGGUGGAGGGAGAGGAACUUGAGAAUGAUCCGUGUGUUACUGUCAUGUCUUGUGAGACUGAGGAGUCGAAAAAGGUUUCGAGGAAUAAGGGAAACAAGUAUGUGGCUGUUUUUAGAAGGAAGGAGAACCCUGAGUGGCCUGCUUGA